UCGGCGCUCUUUUUGUGGUCUGUGUUUGUUGUUUAUUAUUUUUCUGCGUAUUGGAGUUUAUUAAACAUGGUGUGAUUCAUUAUAAAAUAUUAAUAUAAUUAAUGUGAAUAUAAAUUCGUAUACAUCACAAAAUAAAUGAGAAGAUGUCGUGUAGUUCUACAGAAGAUUUGCCCGAUCAGUACAAAGAGCUAUUUACACAAGAUGGAGUAUUAUUAAAAGCAUGCAUUGGCCGUCCCAUAUCAGAUCUCAAUUCUAUUGGGAUGCUUUGUGUAGUACAAAAUGCUGACGGUACCAAAUGUAUUGAAUGGAGACCAAAUGACCUCAUUACAAUUGAUUCGGAUACACAAGACCAAGAAUGGGCUGUUGUAAAUACUAUUGGUCGACGGCAGCGCACACUGAGCGGCAACAUGACCUCAGACUAUGCAGCGGCUCGCGCGAGAAUCGUCCGAAUACCUCUAGCCGAGCUGAAAACCUUUAAGGUCACGCGUAAUAGCCAACAAAUGCAAUUCUCGACAAAGCCCGGAGUUUGGCAGAACACAUUCUACUUUCAACAUGGAAAUGCAGAAAUAUUUGUGGCUUACUUAAAGAAUCACGUGAAAACGGCAAAAACAAGACAUGACAGAAACACUUACGUCGUGGUCGAGUCUAACAUCGAUUCCCAGGCUUUAAAUAAGUCGUUCACUGAGUUGGAUAUUUUUACGGAAAAUACAACAGAUGUUGUAUGGAGUUUGGUGUCCAAUUUUAAGCAGCGCCCAUAUGAAACUACGAUGGAGGCGUUCUCGAAACUUACUGAUAUAGUGUGGAGUGUUUUAGUAUAUUACGGGAAUGAAGGCUUGAAUGGCAAGCGGGAUGUGUCCGAGGAGGUGGCCGAUUUGUUGACGAAAAGUAUGAGUGCUUUGGAAGAUACGACGUCGAUAACGAAGUCCGAAGAAUAUGAAGUGAUCACUGUUAAACCUACAUUACCACCCCGGCCUUGUAUACCAAGAGGCACACCACUAUCAACAGAGAAAUGGGAGGGACUUCAAGAUACAGAAGGAAGAAUACUCGAGGUUGAAGGAGUUAAACAGCUGAUAUUUCGAGGUGGCGUAGCACAUUCAAUCCGCCCGUCGGUAUGGAAAUAUCUACUCGACUAUUACCCCUGGCACGCGACGCAUUCGGAAAUCCGUAAAAUACAAAAGAGAAAAACGGAGGAAUACUUCUCGAUGAAGCUCCAAUGGCGGUCGAUCACUGAGAAGCAAGAGUCGCGAUUCAGCGAAUACAGGGAGCGGAAAAGUUUGGUCGAGAAAGACGUCAAUAGGACGGACAGGUCGCAUCCGUUUUUCGCUGGAGAUAACAAUCCGAAUGUUCUCUUAUUGCAAGAUAUUUUGAUGACAUAUGUGAUGUACAACUUUGACUUGGGGUACGUUCAGGGAAUGAGCGAUGUGUUGGCGCCUCUUUUGCUGCUUUUGGGGAAUGAGGUCGACAGUUUUUGGUGCUUCGCUGGGUUUAUGGAGAAGAUUGCAUCGAACUUCGACAUGGACCAAGCCGGCAUGAAGCAGCAACUCCUGAAUCUGCAGCAGCUGCUGACGUUCGCAGUUCCGGACCUAGCGAAGCAUUUGGCUUCCAAGGACUCCGGGAAUAUGUACUUUUGUUUCCGAUGGCUGCUUGUUUGGUUCAAACGGGAAUUCUCUUUUAGUGAUAUUAUGAGGCUGUGGGAGGUGUUGUGGACGGGGUUGCCGUGUGCAAACUUCCACCUGUUAAUCUGUGUUGCCAUACUCGACGCCGAAAAGGAUGAGCUCAUCAGUAAAGAUUAUGGUUUUAACGAAAUAUUGAAGCACGUCAACGACCUGUCGAUGUGCCUCGACAUUGAUAAAAUCCUAAGCACGGCCGAAGGAAUCUACCAUCAGCUACUGUCAGCGCCUCAUCUCACCGACCAAAUUAGAAUUAUCCUCGGAAUACCAACCGCCGCGAACGACCCGAGCGAUCGUAACGAGGAAUCGGGCUCCGAAGAUUUGGGGUCUGACGGUUUGGGGGGCGAAGGGCCCGAAGAGAACGCUCGCGAUCAGGCAAAUGGUAAAAUGGACCGAGAUAUGGAGGAAGUUACACUCGAAUAUAAUGGACUACAGAUAUCUGUUGUGACUGAGACGGUUUGGGCCUUGCUUGCCUAAUGUAGAUAUGACGAGAAAAUUUUAUAUUUUUAUAUGCAGUUAAAUAUUUUUAAACAGUAUUCAGUAAUUUAUUCCUUCAUUUAAAUUUUCAAAAUGCACAAUUUACUUUGUCUCUAACCACUCAUUAACAACGACACAGGUAGACAUUAGUUUGUAUGUAGUAUAAGAUUUUCCUUAGCAAACCUUUUAAUUUUAGGAAAAAUAUGUAAUGUUGUUAUUAGUUAACUACUUUUAUUACAAAUAACAAUUGCAAAAUUUUGAUCCUAUUUUACACAUACAGUAAAUAAUAUAAAUGUUUGCCGAGGACAUUUCACCUUUUUCCCACCAUUAAAAAUUUCCCAACUUGUAUGAGUAUAUUCAGCUGUAAAUUAAAUUUGUGCCUUCUAGUUUAGUUUCUUAGUUAUACCUAUUAGUAUUUGAAAUAUUGUCAAUUUAGAGGCUGUUUUUCUAAAAUUUACAAUUAAUAAUUGUUCAUUAGUGUAAAGAUUUCAUUAAAGUAAUUAUUGUAUUUUCACAAAUGCUAAUUAUUCAGAUCAAAAAAUCAGUUGUAAUAAUAUGCUGCAAUGCCAAGCUUUAUUAUUUCUUUGGUACUCAAAUCAGCAAAUUGUACAAAUUAAAAUUUUAAAGAUUAGCAUUUGCC